AUGGCGACAACGACGACUGAUGAUGCCGUCAAACGGUUGCAAGAGAGCAAGCCGCCGGCCACAGACGCGGCAACCUACCUCACAAUUAUCGAAAUGUCUCUAACGCCAGAGAUCCUACCGGCUCUGCGGGACAUUCUCGAUGACGUGGAACUGACGAGCGAGAUUGGUUGGGACCUCGUCGAGAUGCUGAUUGCGGUACCUGGCAGCGAGGCAUGCCUGGAGAGGGUGGCACAUCUGGGCAACCCCCGCGAGGUUAUUCUCAAGGUGCUAGAGGUGAUGGAAAAGGGGGCGACCGAGGCUAGAGAAGACGAAGAUGAAGAAGAAAGUGCUGAGGAGGGUACUGGCGAUAAGCACAAAAGCGACAAAAACAAGGUGCCGACCGCGCAUCAGUUCGUCACCCUGUGUGGCAUGUUGGUCGUUUUGCACAACCGACUUCGAGUCAAAGAGCCCUCGCGCUUCUUGCACACCACACUAGAUACCGUAUACCGCAGCUACGACGGCGCCAGUCCCGAGGCCACGGCGGCCGUCAUCGCGCUCGUGCGAUCACUCUCCGGACAGAAGCGGCCGCCGCUACCGACGCGCAAGUCUAGCAUCGUCGCCGUCUCGCGGACGUCGUCUUUCCAAGCGGGUGAUGCGAGCCGAAGCGCACCGGACCCCGAGGGCAGCGAAGGCAGCGCUCAGGAUGCCGGCGAGCCAGCGCUUGUGCAGCGGCUGCUGCAGUCAUUUGUGACGUGCGUCCUGGAAGCGUUUGUCAACGCCAACGCGCUCGAGUGGCCGGCGAGGCUGCUCGAAUUCACGUACCCAGAAAAGAUUGUGCUGGGGCGCAUGACGCAGAUGCAGGCAUUCAAGGACGUGGACGAAUUGCAGGCCAGGGAUAGCCUGAUUGGCCAAUUAGUGUCACUGGCUGGCGAUGUUGGACUUUCCAAGCUCUCGUCCGAUGCCGUCAAGGAAGCGUUUGCCGCCUCGCCAAUCUGCACCGAUCCGCUGUCCGGCGAGCUCGAUAGCGCCAAGCCCGAGGCCCUGGGCUUGGCAACGGGCGGCCUGGCCGCGCUCGUUGCUUACUGGAUGUUUGCCACGGAUCUCUUUGACGCGCAGUAUUCGGUCCCCGACUUUCACAUCUUCCCGCACCACCAGGCCUUGCUGCACAACUUCCUCGGCGACAGCCCGCAGGACCAAAUUGCCCAGAAUCCCGGCGUCGCCGAGGCGCUCAUCGUCAUUGGCGUCUGGCUACACACGCAGUCGCGCCUGUUGGACCCCGGCGCCGCGCCGGAUUUUAUGGCCUACCACCACCUUCUGACGCUCUUCGGCGUGUUCCACACCAACCCGCGCGUGCGGCAGUCGGCCAUUUCCCUCGCCGGGCUCGUGCUGCACGCAGCGCCUGAAGACGAGCGCUUCGCGAUCCUCGAAGACCUCCUAGAGAAUUGCAUGUUUGCGUCGCUGCAGUCGUGCGCCGUCUCCUGGGCCAAGGACGAAAUCAUUGCCGCCCGCCAAGCCAAGGCGGGGGCCGGCGGCAAGUUUGCCACGGCCGAGGGCCUGGAGCGGCUGCAGUACGCCCUCUUCCCGGACCUGACGCACCUGCAGGACGAGGCCCAGGAUGCCGAGGCGCUGCUCGAGUUUUGGGCCCAGGCCUGGCCGUUUCAGCUGCAAGUGGCCAACUUUGCCGUCUUUGUGUUUGGAGACCGCUACCGGGACAUGGCGCCGGCGGGCAUGGCCGCGGCCGUCGAGCACAGGUACGUCGAGCCCCUGCUGCACAUGGCGGCCGUGCUGCGCGAGGCGGGCGCGCAGGACAAGACGGCGCUGGACGGGGCCACGGUCGACCAGGCCGUCGGGACGCUGGACAUUUUGACGGAUACGCUGGGCAGAGUGACGUUGCGAUAA